UCGAUAAAACAACAUUUCAGGACAAGUAAGCAGACCAUUAUUUGCAAAACAUACAUUACCACCUAAAGUAAAGGAUACGGCACUUUUCUUGUAUGAAAACAACUCUGCUGAAGUUUGGUUCAAUCACAUGAUUCUUUCGGUGUAGCUGUCUAACCCAGGCCUACUAGGGAUUUGUGCUUCGUUUCAAGAUGGCCUCUUUAAUGCCGAGCGAUGAUGAAGAAGAUGAUGUUGCCUCGUACAACAGCGAUGAACACUCAGACUUCUUAAUUAGUAACAUGGAGAUGUUUAGAGGAGACGCUGUCUUCACUGAUAUAACCAUAGAAGUAGAGAAUAGAAGAUUUGCCUGUCACAAAGUUAUUUUAGCUGCUGGAUCACCAUACUUCAGGUCUAUGUUUUUCUCUGGAAUGGAAGAAUGUCACAAGAAUGUGUUCCGCAUGCAGCAGUUAGGCAGUGAUGUGUUUGAACAUGUCCUCAAGUUCAUAUACACCGGGAAAGUGAACAUCACUGCAGGCAUUAUACAAGACCUGUUUGCACAGGCUCACAUCUUCCAGAUCCAGACCUUAGUGAAUCUCUGUGUCGAGUUCUUUCAGAAGAACAUGAACGAACACAACUGUCUUGCCGCUCUUACACUGGCCGACAUCCAUGCCCACAGAAUGUUAUAUUUGUACGCAAAAAACUUCUCUUGUCAGCAUUUCAUGCGAUUGGUCCUCGAUGACGACUUGUACAAGCUCUCAUGCGAAUGCGUCGUUGAUCUGUUGAAAGACAGAAGGCUUGAGUGUGAAAAUGAAGAAAUUGUGUAUGAAACUGCUAUAAAAUGGUUAGAGCAUGACAUCGUUGCCAGAAAGAAUUACCGAUACAAAGUUUUGGAAACUGUAAAAUUUCCCAUGCUGAAGAAGACAUUUCUCACGGAUACUGUUGCAAAAGCACAGCACGUUGUAAGCGAUGACAGAGGGAAGGAGCUCUUGGAUGAUGGCAUGCUGUUCCACACGAUUCCUGCACGACGACACCAACUCCCUCUGUAUCAGAUCACUCCCCGUUUAAAUAUGCCGUUUUCAGAAGUUGCAGUUCUACUCGGCGGUAGGCUAUCUGAUGGGCUGAGUAAUGAAGUUGAAUGCUUUGUGGCCGAUACUCAAGAAUUUUUCAAUCUGAAGCAAUUGCCUUUUAAAAAGAGAAAUGAAUUCUCUGCCUGUACGAUUGGAAAUGACAUAUACGUGUCUGGUGGUCUGAGGAGUCCAGAGUUCUGGAAGUAUGAUCCUUCGUUUGAUACUUGGUUACGUGGUCCCAAUUUGAUUCACGCUCGAAGACGGCACGGAAUGUCGGCAGUAGAUGAAACGAUCUUUGUGCUUGGCGGUUUUGAUGAAGACAACGUUCUUGCCACAGUUGAAUACUGGAGCCUUGACAGUGGUCGUUGGGAAGAAGGCGGUAGUCUCAAUCAGCCAGUGGAAAACAUGGGAUUUGUAGCCUUUGGAAAAAAUAUCUACCUCUUCGGAGGCAAAAACAAUGACGAAGUAGUGACCAAUAGUGUACAGUGCUACGAUACGGUAACAAAAACGUGUACAACGUUGAGUUGCGAUUUGCCGGUCAAUGACAUGUGCUUGAGUUCUGUAGUGUUCAACAACUAUAUUUAUGUAAUCGGACUCGAGGGCGUGUUCCGAUUUUCACCGGACAGAGAAAACUGGGACAUUCUUCCGGACAUGAGCUGCGCGCGUGUUAGCCUGGCUGUGUUGGAUGAAAAGUUGUACGCUCUUGGCGGACGGAGGAGGGGCGCGAAAGACAAUCUGUACACGGAAACCAUAGAGUUUUUCAAUCCAGAGACCAACUUGUGGCUUAAGGCACACAAUAUGCCGGUUCCCAUGUAUUCAUAUGGAUGUGUAAGGAUACUUCUUAGCAAAAACAUGUAUUUGUCACGAGGUCCAGGAGAGUUCAUUGCACCAAGGUGACAAGCUCACAGACCAAACAGUCACAAAUAUUGUGCUAUUAUUAUUUAUGAAGUGCAGUGCUUAAUUUUUAGCUCGACUGUUUUUGGAGAAAACCAGAAGUAUUGUCAUAGCCAGCUCGUCGUCCGGCGUCCACCGUGCUAAAACCUUGACAUUUUGCUCUAAAAUCAAAGUGCUUCCACCUACAACUUUGAAACUGCAUAUGUACAUGUAGAUGCACCUUGAUGAGUUAUACAUGCCACGCCCAUUUUUGGGUCACUAGGUCUAAGGUCAAGGUCACUGUGACCUCUAAAAAAAAUUCUUUCAUUUAUUCAAAACUGUACCCGCAGCCGAACGUUGGCGCCCAUUAUGCGGUGUUCUUGUUUCGUUUAAUUAGAAGUACCUUUUAUGUGUUCUUUGAGUCCUGAAACGUUUAGUAUAAAUCUUUAAUUGUUUAGUAUGAUUACGAGACAAUUAGAUCAGUUAGAGUUGCAAAUGCUGAUUGGAAGGAGAAUGGAAGGAAAUGAAAUCUCUAUUUUAUACUUUCUUUGUUGACAUGUACCGCUUUUUUGUUCUUUGAUAAUCUGCAUAUUUACAUAGCUUUUAAAAGCAUUUUAAAGAAAUAAUUAUUCGUAUAAAGUUAAGUGCUAUAAUAUACUAUUCUUGUUAAUAUCUUGUUUUGUUAAAUGCCAUUCACAGUUAAAAUUUAGUUUUCAACAUAUAUUUUAAUGUUCCUUUCUGCUACAGAUGACUUACAAAAUUAAACUAUGUUACGCUUAGCGUUGUUUAAAGGAAUUUGCUAUGCUCACAGGUGCAUUUUUCAUAUUUAAAUGUUAGUAAAAUUUCUGACUACUUGUCUUGUCUGUAUACUUUUUCGGCGUAGCUAUAUUAAGCCAGCUUUUCACCUUACCUGACCUUUGUAAGUGUCCAAUAAAAUUCAAAAUAAAAUUUCCCGCGGCUAGGUACGAAUGAAUACACUUCAUUUAUUCCAUUGGCUGAUUUGAGUAUACCACCAGAACAUUGGAAACAUAUCCGCGUCUUUGUAACACUGUUUUACUGCAUGAACAAGUUUAUCUCUAAUGAAAAGGCUCAAUAGAUAGAACAGGUUUUCACUAAAUUCUCGACAUCAAUACAGUGUGUGCGUGCACCUUUUAUUUUCAGAGAAUUACCAGCGCAAAAGCGUUUAUACUUAAAGGAUAUGUUCUCAUAUUUAGUACUUACGUCCAUAUUCCUGUCAACAUGUUAACAUGUAAAAGUAUAAAGAGCAGUGGAAGCGAGGCCUCACUUUAAUGCUUUGCAUUUCAACCCGCGAGAUAUCGGGUCAAUUCGCGGUUAGUGUGUGAAUGUCAUAGUUUAUAUACAGGUCAUCACCGGAGUUUGGGGCCAGUAAAAUAAUCGUUAUAUAAUAAAGACGGUAUCCGUGAACUAGGUGACCUGGAAUUUUCUUUAGACCAGAAAUAUGUUAAAUGAAGAUAUUCAGCAAUAUAAUUAUGGUAUGUCAAAAAUAGAUUCUUAAUGUGUUUUCAACAAUACAAUGAUUAGUAUUAUUUUUAAAUAAUUUAACAAUAAUUAUUCCACCAUAUUGACUAAUGUAUUAAGCAUGAGCGCGAUGAUUCUCGAUACUGAUUAAUCGAAUCAAAUAGCAAUGCCCGACAAACCACUAAAACAGGUUUGUUCGAAGAACGCGCCUAUAAAUACGGAUACUUCGCGUGUGGCCGGUUGACUCAUAUGUUUUAAUUUCCCUUCCAUUCUUCAUUUGGUUUUCUGUUUUGUAUCUAUAGGUUUAUGACCAGCAAUAUGUAAUAAUGUAAAAUAAGCCGCGAAAACUCCGCGUAACAUCCCGUACUGCGUGUGAUGCAGCUAAGAACUGCACAGAAAAAGACAUUCGCUAUCCUUGAUCUCAUUCAUUGAACUAUCAACGCCGUAUAUCUUUUUAUAAAGAUAGUUCUUGUUUUAAGUUAAUGGGAGAAACUUUAUUUCAACAGUUUUCUAUUAUUAAGUUUUUCACUUUUGUUCUUGAAUUGAAAUGAACUCUGCUACAUUUGUCAAGGUAUUUUUGUAUUUGUAGUAUUUAUUUUUUGACGACUUUACUUUGUAUCGAUAUUUAUUUAGUAAAACCUGUUUAUUAUUGUGGGAAUGACGUUACAAAAUGGCUACUGUUUAGUUGUACAGGUACGUUUAUUUGUGUGCUUUAUUGUGUUGGUUUGCAUCAGAUUUUGCUGUUUAUUAAAAAUGGAAUUUGAAAUAUA